AUGCAAAACAUCAUCAGUAACGAUGAGUGGGGUGCCUUACCUUGGCUCGUCGUAGUCUGCUUCUGUUCAUGGGUGUUGGUCAUCCUUCGCGUGGAUGGUCGUGGUCGAAUUUGGCUGAUGCUGCUUCGCCUCGGUUGGUGGCCUUGGUUUGUGGGCGAUCCUGCUUUGCCGUUGGCGUUGGCUGUAGUUGAGGGCAUCGUUGGAGGUGGUGUGGCAUGGCAUUUGCCACGUCGUUAUUGGGGGGGAUUGAUUUGGGCCGGUCGUAUGAUGGUUGUUGUUGGCUACAUCGCCGUCAGCGACGUGGCAUACCUAGACAAGUUGGUGGUUGAGAGCGGGUUACCAAACGUAGUGGUUGAUGGUGGCGGCGACGCAGCGGAGGGGGACUGGAAGACCUUGAGGGGGAGGGAGCUUGGCGGGAAGAGUCGGAGAGUGGAGGAAAAGUUCACGUCCAAAAUUUUCCAAGUUCGGACAUUCAACAUGUCGCGUGAUCGAUACUUACACAUGCGACAACAAAUCUGUGGCGUGAACGAUUAUUGUGACGCGCGUGGCUCAAUUUAUCCGGAGAUCAAAAUCAUGGCGGUGUGGUGCCAGAUCCAUCACUCCGGCCACACUCCGCCACGCAAUCACAACCUGCCACAGAUUUGUGAUUUUCCUGAUGGAGGUGAUAUGCACAAAGUAAUACUUCCCACUAUUGGAUACAAGCUUCAAAAAAGCCAGAAUAUCGUCGUCUUCCCAGGUAUUGGCUUCUAA